AUGGCGUCUCAUCACACGAAUGUGGUAUACCAAUUAUUCAUGGAUGCGACGACCACACCUCUAGCACAAUGGCAAUGGCUACUCUUGCUGCUCGUCCCUUGCGUGCUGCUGCUCCUACUCGCCUCCCGCCAUCCCCUCCCCCGCAGCAACGACAAGCAGAGACGGCAGCUCCCGCUGUCCCAUCCGGGACUGCCUAUCAUCGGCCACCUGCUCCUGGUCGGCGACCGUCCGCACGUCCCGUUCCGUGACCUCGCCGCCAAGCACUACGACCGUGGUGGCGGCGGCCUCAUGCUCCUCCGCCUCGGCAUGCUCCCGAUUCGAACCAAGGGCGCGGCCUUCACAAUAGUUGGCUUUUACCGCUGCGCUAUGAUAGGGAGUACGUCAAGGUCCUCCAACGUCGCCUUCGCCCCCUAUGGCGAGCACUGGGGGCAGGUCAGGAAGCUCGUCACCACGCACCUGCUCACCGUCAAGAAGGUGAACUCGUACCACCAUGCCCGCCAGGAAGAGGUGCGCCUAGUGCUGGACAAGCUCAGGGAGGCAGCGGCCAUGGACGCGGAGGUGGAUCUGAGUGAGAUGAUGAACGCGUUCGCCAACGACAUCAUCUGCCGUGCUGUAUGUGGCAAGUUCUCCAGGGAAGAAGGCCGGAACAAGCUCUUCCGCGAGCUGAAUCACACCACCACUGUUCUGCUGGCAGGAUUCAAUCUGGAAAGCUAUUUCCCAGGGCUUGCAAAGUCGCUAGGUGUCUUUGUGAGCAACAGGAAGGUGCACCAGGUACACAAAAGAUGGGACGACUUGCUUGAGGAGAUCAUAAGCGACCACGAGAGAAGGCGCCGGACCUCCAAGAACGGGCAUGACUUCACCGAUGUGAUGCUCUCUGUUCAACAAGAGUACAAUAUCACCAGAGAUCAUAUCAAGGCCAUCUUGAUGGACAUGUUCGAGGCGGGCACGGCCACAUCAUCUUCAGUUUUGGAAGCGGCCAUGGCCGAGCUCAUGCGCAGCCCUCAUCUCAUGACCAAGCUACAAGCCGAGGUGAGGAAGAAGACACCGAAGGGGCAAGAAAUGGUCAGGGAAGAGGACCUAGCAGACAUGCCCUAUCUGAGAGCCGUCGUGAUGGAGACGCUAAGGCUACACCCACCUGCUCCGCUCCUCGUGCCCCACCAAUCCAUGGCGGACUGCGACGUCGACGGCUACACGAUACCCUCCGGAACGAGGGUCAUCAUCAACGUGUGGGCUAUCUCUAGAGACCCAAGGUCAUGGGAGAACCCGGAGGAGUUCGUGCCGGAGAGAUUCGUGGAUGGUGGCGCCGCCACGGACCUGGACUUCAAGGGAAAUGACUUCCAGUUUACGCCGUUCGGGGCGGGCCGGAGGAUGUGCCCUGGUAUCAACUUUGGGUUGGCUACGAUCAACAUCAUGCUGGCAAACCUCGUGUAUUGUUUUGACUGGAAGCUGCCGGCCGGCGUGGAGGAGGACAUUGAUAUGACCGAGGUGUUUGGAUUGACGGUCCACCGGAAGGAGACGCUCAUCCUUGUCCCCAAACCACAUGCAUGA